AUGUCCAACUUUUUCUUUUCUUUUUCUUCCUCUUCCUUUUUCUUUUUCUUCCUUUUUCUUUUUCAACUUCAUUUUCUUUUCCUUUUCCACCUUCACUUCCUCUUUUUUCUCUCUAUUCCUUCUCCUUUUUCUUUUCUCUUCCUUUUUUCUUUUCUCUUCCUUCUCCUUUUUUUCUUUUCUCUUCCUUCUCCUUUUUUUCUUUUCUCUUCCUUCUCCUUUUUUCUUUUCUCUUCCUUCUCCUUUUUUUCUUUUCUCUUCCUUCUCCUUUUUUUUCUUUUCUCUUCCUUCUCCUUUUUUUCUUUUCUCUUCCUUCUCCUUUUUUUCUUUUCUCUUCCUUCUCCUUUUUUUCUUUUCUCUUCCUUCUCCUUUUUUUCUUUUCUUCCUUCUUUUUUCUUUUCUCUUCCUUCUCCUUUUUUCUUUUCUCUUCCUUCUCUUUUUUUUCUUUUCUCUUCCUUCUCCUUUUUCUUUUCUCUUCCUUCUCCUUUUUUUUUUUUCUCUUCCUUCUCCUUUUUCUUUUCUCUUCCUUCUCCUUUUUUCUUUUCUCUUCCUUCUCCUUUUUUUUUUUCUUCCUUCUCCUUUUUUCUUUUCUCUUCCUUCUCCUUUUUUCUUUUCUCUUCCUUCUCCUUUUUUUUUUUCUCUUCCUUCUCCUUUUUUUUUCUUUUCUCUUCCUUCUCCUUUUUUCUUUUCUCUUCCUUCUCCUUUUUUCUUUUCUCUUCCGUCUCCUUUUUCUUUUCUCUUCCGUCUCCUUUUUUCUUUUCUCUUCGUCUCCUUUUUUCUUUUCUCUUCCUUCUCCUUUUUUUCUUUUCUCUUCCUUCUCCUUUUUUUUUUCUCUUCCUUCUCCUUUUUUCUUUUUUCCGUCUCCUUUUUUUCUUUUCUCUUCCUUCUUUUUUUCUUUUCUCUUCCUUCUCCUUUUUUCUUUUCUUUCCUCUUCUUCCUCCUUUUCUUUUUCUAUUUUUUUUUUUUUUUUUUUCACUCUUCUCUUUUUCUCCAUCUUUACAUAUGUCUGUCUGUCUCUUUCUUUUUUUUUCUCUCUCUCUCUCUCUCUCUCUCUCUCCUACUCAAUUUCCAUCUCCACCUGCAGUGGUUGUCCACGUGCAGAACUCCCCCCCUCUCUUGAUGCCCGCCUUUUCAUCCCCCUUCUCUCGACGCCCGCCUUUUCACUCCCCCCUUCUCUCGACGCCCGCCUUUUCAGCCACCCCUUCACUUUUUCAUUGCUCACUUCCUCAACACUUGCCUUUUCACCCCUCUAUCUCUGUUUACAUUUUUCUUGACUUUUUUCGUUCUUUCACCCCCCCCCCUUUCUCUUUCUUUUUUUCCCCCGCCUUGCUCUUUCUUUUCUCUUCUCCUUUUCUUUCUUUUCCCCCCUUUUCUCUUUUCCCGCUUUACUCUUUCUUUUCAUCCUUUCUUUUCUUCCCCCUUUUCUCCUUUCCUUUUUUCUUUGUUUCUGUUUUCCCUUUUCGUCUCUUUCUUCCCUUUUCGUCUCUUUCUUCCCUUUUCGUCUUUCUUUUUUCCCUUUUCGUCUCUUUCUUUUUUUUCCCUUUUCGUCUCUUUCUUCCCUUUUCGUCUCUUUCUUCCCUUUUCGUCUCUUUCUUCCCUUUUCGUCUCUUUUUUUUCCCUUUUCGUCUCUUUCUUUUCCCUUUUCGUCUCUUUCUUUUUUUUUUCCCCUUUUCGUCUCUUUCUUCCCUUUCGCCUCUUUUCUUCCCCUUUUUUCGUCUCUUUCUUCCCUUUUCGUCUCUUUCUUCCCUUUUCGUCUCUUUCUUCCCUUUUCGUCUCUUUCUUCCCUUUUCGUCUCUUUCUUCCCUUUUCGUCUCUUUCUUCCCUUUUCCUCUCUUUCUUCCCUUUUCCUCUCUUUCUUCCCUUUUCCUCUCUUUCUUCCCUUUUCCUCUCUUUCUUCCCUUUUCCUCUCUUUCUUCUUCUUUGGUUUUAUUGCUUUUUUUUCUUUUGUUGUUCUUUUUCAUUCUUUCGUCGUUCUUUUUCAUUCCUUUAUUUUUCCUUUCUUUUUUUCUCCUUUCUUUUUUUCUCCUUUCUUUUUUUCUCCUUUCUUUUUUUCUCCUUUCUUUUUUUCUCCUUUCUUUUUUUCUCCUUUCUUUUUUUCUCCUUUCUUUUUUUCUCCUUUCUUUUUUUCUCCUUUCUUUUUUUCUCCUUUCUUAG